AUGGUUCCAAGGAUGAACUUUACAAAAUUCAGUGAGGCAUCUAGCAAUUUCAGCACAAACAAUUCCAUUGAGUUAGGAAAGAUCUGGAUGAUGUACAAGGCAGUGCUUCCAAAUGGUUCACCCUUCCAGUUAAGAGGUUAUAUGGUUGUCAAUCAUUUGAGAAGCAGUUCAUUUCAGAGUUAUUGGCUCUUGAUUUCUCAGAUGCAGAGAAUGGUUACUAAAAUGAGCUUUACAAAAAUUAGUGAGGUGACUGGCAAUUUCAGCACAAACAUUGUCAUUGGAUUGGGAAAGAUUGGGAUGAUGUACAAGGUAGUGCUUCCAAAUUGCUGGCUUCUUGCAGUUAAGAGAUUACAUAAUUGUCAAUCUUAUGAGAAACAAUUUCUAUCUGAGCUAUCAGCUCUGGGAGAAGGAGAGCACAAGGAUAAGAUCUUGGAAUGGCCUUUGAGGGCUAAAAUUGCGACUAGAGUAGCAAGAGGUCUAGCAUGGCCUCACCAUAAGUACGAUUUCCGAGUUUUCCAUUUGAACUUGGGUUCAAAAUCUAUAUUGUUAGAUAAGAAUUUUGAGCCCAGGAUAUCAAAUUUUGGUGGGCAAAAAUAUCAAGUUCUGGAGGGAGGAUUUGAUGGAGAAAUCAUUGAAUUACUUAGAAUUGCAUGUACCUGCCUUAACCCCUUCCCUAGUCAAAGGCCAACAAUGCUUGAAUUCUGCAAUACAAUAAGUACUUUUGGGGAAAGAGAUGGCAUCACAAAUGACUCUGAGAUAUUGAUGCAACCUGAAAUUACUAUUGCAAGUAGCUCAAUUGAAAUUAAUACAAUAAGUACUUUUGGGGAGAGAUAUGACAUCACAAAUGACUGA